GACCCCUUCCACAACGAAAGAAUUGCAAACACUAAUCAAUGGCAUUGCGGCAAUGCAAUUAUAAUAAAGAGAUUGUNAUGGCUCUCAUAUCAAAACCCAAGGCUUGGCUAUGAUAUAUAUAGUGUUAACCCAACUUGGCCAACAAGUAAUCUAGGAUCCAUAAUUCUAUUCCUACUUGAACUAGAAUAUCUCGGGUAAUCCUAAUCCUACUCGAUAAUUAGUCAACAAUCACCCCCCUAAUUUUCGAGUUGGAUUGCGGGUGAUCUUCAACUCCAAGCAUGUCUUCUUUAUCUUGAUUCUCCCGAGGCUCUUCAUGAUCCCUUGCAGUGUUCUUCGGGCUCCACUUAGCUUGAACAAACACUUGCUCCUUGCGAUCAUUACACGUCCUUCCUUGGGUUAGAAUCCUUUUCUUGACAUCUCCUUUAAACUCUUGAACAUUCUUCUUUGGACUCUGAAUUUUGGGUUUUUCCAUUAAACUUGGAUCUCCGAGAAGAUUCUGACUCGUACUUUGCGUACCUUCUUUCAGUCGAUCAACUCUUUGUAGAUCCCUACCCACAAAAUUCUUCAUUCCAAUCAUGCUAACUUGUGUACUGGAACUUGUUAUCUUGAGAUUGAAGCAAAUUUGAUUAAACCUUACUUGUUUAAUCCAAUCCUUUUUUCAUGAAAUCAGGCCCACCACACUAAUUUCAAUCUUGGCCCAGACCACCAAAUUGAGCCCAAUCUCCAAUCCAAGCAAAGAAAAAAAGGUUGACCACUGCUCGAUCCCCUUCCUGAAAACAACGCGGCGGCACUUUGGCGGAGUCGCGACUGGGAGACGGCGGCGGCUUAGCGACCAGGCUGUGCGCGUGGUUGGACGACGAUUGCUCUGUGCGUGGUCGGCAGCAACUUCACGCGAGACGGCUUUCAGAUCCUUCGGACGGCGACCUGCUGUGCGCGUCAGAAUCUGAACGGCGACCUGUGUGGAUUCCAGCAGCGGCGAGACCUCUGCUGCUAGGCGGUGGCGGGACCUGGGCUGUGACGACUCGAUGCGGCGGCGCACUGACGGAUCAGCGGCAGCGAUCUCCUCGAACGAGCGGCGUCUAUCUCCUCGAACUAGCGGCGUCAAUCUGAGGACGACGACGACUCCUCAACACGGCGCGGCUCCUCAACUCGGCGGCGGCGGCAAGUUCAAUCUCGGAUCCGGACAGCUGCGACGGCGGCUCCAACCCUAUGCUCGGAUCGGCACGCCUGCGACGGUGGUGACAAGUUUUUUUUCUUUCAAUCGCAAGGAGCAAGUGUUUGUUCAAGCUAAGUGGAGCCCGAAAAACACUGCAAGGAAUCAUGAAGAGCCUCGGGAGAAUCAAGAUAAAGAAGACAUGCUUGGAGUUGAAGAUCACCCGCAAUCCAACUCGAAAAUUAGGGGGGUGAUUGUUGACUAAUUAUCGAGUAGGAUUAGGAUUACCCGAGAUAUUCUAGUUCAAGUAGGAAUAGAAUUAUGGAUCCUAGAUUACUUGUUGGCCAAGUUGGAUUAACACUAUAUAUAUCAUAGCCAAGCCUUGGGUUUUGAUAUGAGAGCCAUAUGAGAAACAUAUGAGAGUUUAUUGUAAUUGGUUUUGAGUUAUUUUCCAGUUAUAAUAAAGAGAUUGUUUCCAA